AUGAAUAGUGACGCCGUGCUGGUCGGUUGCCUAGUAGAUCGAAUUGCAUCACGGUUACCACAUCACACGGGCUCAACUGGCAAGACAUUUUACGAAGAUGAUAUCCUAAAAAUUACCAAGGCUACACUGGUGGACUUGAGUAGGACCGCCAUUGGUAUCGUCAUUGAAUCUCUUCUGGGACUUCUUGAGGACCUGGCUCGACCAUUUCCUGCCGUAGCUAGUCACCCCUCGCACAUACUGCAAUCGGAGCUAUAUAUCCUAUCUCUUGUUGCAGACAGCUGCACCGCAAACUGGAAUUGGACAACCGGAAAGGAUUUGGCUGUACCAGACACUUGUCCUUCGCGCUUAGAACCUGGUCUUGUCAACAGAGUAUUCGAUGUAUUGAAACACCUCCUUGAACCGAUCCCAGACGAUUAUAUAUUGCCUGCACAGACACUCCUUGAUCAAGUCCCCGAUCGCAACUUCUGUGUGCCUCGCCCUGAUGGCAUGCCUACUCAGAGCUCCAACAAACAGCUGGUUGAAGCUGAGUGCCUCCUUGACUGCCUGGUAGAGUUUGAUGCUCAUAUUAAAGUUGUCAUUGAGUAUGUAACGGCUUCAAACUGGUCUGCGGCAUUCGACUAUGUAAGGAACACUAUAUAUAGCAUCCGAACGACUACCUUCCCAGAUGGUAGUUUGGCAAAUCAGACUCAUACUCAAGACGUCGAUGCCUCGGCUCUUGUGACCCUGAGGCUCCUAUCAUUCUUUUGGAUUGACAGCACGAAGCUGGGGUAUAUCAUUCAGGAAAUAUGCUCCAGCUACCUACACUUUCGCAAAUCAUGCCAGUGCACAGUUGCAGUCGUUCUUCCGCUUCUAGUCUCCCGGUGGAUUGAUAGAAGCCCGCAUGAUUUUGUACGACUGCAUUCCCACCACAAAAGAUUGGACGGUGGCGGCGACACAUUAUUCGACAUGACACAAACAGGAAUAGAUAAUGGACGUCGGCGAGCAGUCUUGUAUCCGUUACAGAUUACUCUAUUACUGCUGCUUCCUGAUGUCUUCGAGGUUGCAAGUAACUUGAGGGAGGCCAAAAGCAAUAGCCUCAUUAAGAAAGUGUCCUUCUUAGAUAAUCUGAGAAAAGGUCUCCGAAAUGGGAAUGAAAGAGCAGCGUAUUGCCUAGUAAGCCUUCUCCGGGUAGCCAGACAUUUUGAAGCCGAGAGCGAUUCCGCGUUAGUCAGUUACGCUAUGGACGUCCAAGAUGAAGUUCGAGACUCCGUUUUCAGCCUUUCGCAGUCGAGCAUUGCCACACCACAAUUUGAGCAAGAUAUGGUCACUGGUGCCUUCGUGAGCCUCGCCCACCUCGGGCUGGAUGGUAGCGUGGAAACGCUGACCAAAAUUUGCAUCUCUUCGCUUGCACCGGACUCAUUUAAGAUUGCAGUUAUCCAGGCGUGCUCGUACUUUGCAAGGCAAACCCAGACUGGGAAGUAUUCCGAGCUUCAUGCAAAUGUCCUCCGCCUCAUCCAAUCUGAAUUCGAGUCUGAAUGCUUGAACUUCCCGAGACCGAGAAAUGAAACGCCAAAGUCGGGUAACCGUAAGAUCUUGGAGAUUCUCCGGUAUCUUGAAGUCUCCCCCGGACCUCUCAUUCGGGAGGUAUCUGGCGAGGCUGGAGACAUGGUGUUUCUCAAGCCGUUCAUGUUUUGUGUCCUUUCUCGAGAUCAGUCCAUUCGACAUUUAGCCACAGAGGUCGCCAAUAGACUUUUCGCUAGAAAUACAGGUUCUCUGGGCGGCUUGCAACCUGAAAUCCGUGAAGGAAGCGAACAACUCGGGGAAACGCUAUGGAGGCGAAGUUCGUCCAUCCUACUCGAGCUAUGCGAAGAAGUUGAAGAAGAUACCAAUCUGGCAACAGUAACACAACUUCGAGAGUUUUUGAUGGCAAGAUCUGCCCUUCUAAAAGGCAUGCCAGUUUUAUCCAAUGUCCCCAUGGAUGUUCCAAAUAUUCAUCUGGCCUCAUCGAAAGUGGAAACGGCCUUGCUAUUGUCGAUAUGUUCCCCAAAUAUUGCCGUUUGCCAAGCAGCUACCCUCUGCAUUAGCCUCUUGGUCGAGGAAUGUUCGCAGGUCGGCGAAUACAGUGAUUCCGCGAACUCAAUCUCGUCGACACAUCGAAACCAGUUUGCCUACCAAGAGCUAUCCUCACCAGCCUUUCAUUUUACCGGCCUCGUUGCCUUUCAGAAAAGGAUGAGGGGGUUUCUUAGGCAAUUUCGGCUACCAACACGGGGUAUUGUGGACGCAUGGGAAAUUGCCUUUAACCGAUGGAUUCACUUGUCAAAAGAAGUCUCUCUGGCUACCGCAGACGGUAUCGACGAUAAAAUUCUGUCUGAAUGGCGUAACCUCUCAGGAUUUUUGGCUUCGCUGGGAGGUGUAUGCACAUACGGCUACGCCAGUAAACUAGACGAGGCCAUUGGAGACUUGAAGUGGAUCGAUCGGGUGUUCUCUGAGAACCAUGAAGAGGCUCUUUUGACGAGGUUUCUUAAGCUCAGUAUACAGCUUUUAGGUUGCAACAACAUCAAGGUUCGCGAGGCCAUGCGAGAAGUCCUAUCCACGGAAGUCUCUUCAGUUCUUUACCCAUCGCUCUUUAAGGCCCUAGAAUCAGAACUAGAGGUUUUACUUGCUGGCGUUCUCGCUUCCAUCGACAAAGGUCAGGAGAACGAGGUCGUGUUUGCUGAGCAGAUUGCUUCGUUACUCAAGAUUAUGGUUGAGAAGCUCGAAAGCCCAUCUGAUCUUGGGUCUGUUUCAUCAGUCCAUCUUGGGGUUCUCACAUUAAGCUUUGCAAAAUUCUUGGACGGCGCAUCGGAUGGCAUAACAACCCUGCGCGUGAAAGUCAAGAUUUGCCAUUUGUGCGAAGCGAUUACAAAACGCAAAGAGCACCUAAACUUACGGGAUGAUGUCCGUAUUAGAAACCAGUUGCUAGAGUACAUAUUCGGCUGGAUAGCCCGCCCACAUACUCUGAAACAGGAACAAGUAGGGAACAUUGGCCCCAGGCAAGACGACCUUCGACGUAUGCAAAAAGAUCUCGACAAAGCUUGCCUCAGAACCCUUGCCGACCUCACAUUUCGCCUUCCACUACAACCAGCCGAUAGCCAAUCAGACGCGGGGAUGAGUGAGCUAAAGUCCCAAAUGUUUCAUACAUAUUUUAAUCGUUUCUUGUCACUCCUUAAUUAUGAAACACAAGAAAUGAGCAGACAGGAGCUAUCAUUGCUUGGCUCCAAUCGUGAUGAAGGCAUUUCGAAUGCAGAUUUUGUCAUCACUAUCCUGUCUAAUUUGCUCAGCGCAAACAUAGAUGUCGGUUUGAAGCAUUCUUUGAACAUCGGUUACCAUGAGAAUGUUGAUAUACGAGCAGCAUUCGUCCGGGUUCUCUGUAACAUUCUCACACAGGGGACGGAAUUUAGCUCCUUGACUGAUGCAGCAGUCAGUGAUAAAUAUGUUGAACUGUUAAAUUUAUUAACGACUGAUCUCACUCUUUCCGUAUCAAUGAGUGCCAUUUGCCCUGCCUCGGAAGUGGACGAGCUUACGAUCUGCUUGCUCACCGUCUUUGAACAACGUGGGCUUACUUUCGACUUAUUCGAGGCUUUAAUUCGCCAGGAAAUAGAGCAAACAGAGAAUGAGACCGAGAUUUUGCGCAGAACAUGCGUCGCCACAAAGAUGCUCUCCGUCUAUGCGAAGUGGAAAGGAGCGUCGUAUCUGAGAACUACCUUACAAAAGGUAUUAGAGAGGCUCAUGUUAACAUCAAAAGACCUAGACCUGGAAUUGGACCCAGCCAGAAUUAGCACGCCCGAAGAGCUGCAAAAGAAUGCAGCGCAGCUUCAGAUUGUGGCCAAAGUUUUCAUGGACGACAUAUGUGCGUCAACCCCGAAUAUCCCAAAUUCCUUCCGGAGAAUUUGCAACAUCAUCUACAACGCUGUGCUUCCCCGAUUUCCAGAAGCAAAGUAUACUGCCGUGGGCGCAUUUGUGUUCCUCCGCUUUUUCUGUCCUGCGAUUGUGGCACCCGAAGCAGAAGGCCUCGUCUCAGUAGCGCCGACAAAGGAAAUGCGACGGGGGCUGUUACUUAUUGCAAAGAUCAUCCAGAACCUUGCCAACAAUGUGCUCUUUGGAACUAAAGAGCCAUACAUGUUUCCUCUGAAUCCAUUCCUUGUCCAAAAUAUCCAUUCAGUAACGGGAUUCUUGCAUGAUAUUUCUGUGCCAACGAAGCAGGCUGAUACAGCUCCUGCUGCAGACAUUUUUGACUUCGGCUCAUGCGUGUCCCUGCAUCGAUUCUUGUAUGACCACUGGGAUCAUUUGCGUCAGAUACUUGUUUCAAAAGAAAGAAAAGAACUUCUAAGAAUGCCAGCAGACUUAGUACGGGCGACACCACCCGUGCUUGAGCCCCUCCGAGGUCUCAUCACCAAUCUCGGCCCGCCACCGCUUGCCAUCUCCUGGAAUCGACCACAAAUAUCCUGCAAUACACCGCCACUUUACUCCAGGUUCCAAAACUUCAUGCUACGGAAUGCCUUUAGAAGCGCGGAAUCUUUUCUGACUUCUCGGGCUGUGUACGAUGGGGGUGAGAGCAAGGAUGGGCUUUCUAUUGUGUGCGUCAUUCUGCGGCAUAUCGAAAACGAGAGCAUCGACUAUGACACUCUGCUCUACUGCUAUCUGAAGAUCGCGAGCCGUCUUUGGCACGAGCCAUUUGGUCUGUUUAUCGACGCUACUUGUUACAAUGGCCGUAGCGAGCCUUCGGACGAAUUCUUUUCGAAACUGGAUCUUUUAACGCCCUCUGAGCUAUCUAGGAACUUCGCUCGGAUAUAUGUGUAUAACAUGAAUAGCGCCUUCAAGAGGUGUUUUCGACGGCUUCUUCGAAACUCUACUCGCGAUGAAACAAGCGUAUUUCAUCCCAACAACGUAGAGUAUCACUUGAUCGGAAGUCUGCAGGAUCUCCAGGCCCACUUUCACCUCAGUCAACUUCAUCUACCCAAAGAAACCAUUAGCGUGGUCACAGAGACUCGUUUCAUGUUUCAAUCUAUCACAAGAUUAUCAAAAUCCAAGGGGAAAGUCGAUGUUGUGAUCAAAGUUGGUAGUCAAUUCGUUCAAAUAACUACCAUAAAGAAACAAGAAGUCCUAUCUGGUCUUCGCCUUAGCAGCGUCAUCAACGACAUUUUCCGGUUGAGUGAUAUAGAAGAAGCAUCUACUCCGCAUACCGAUGAUGAUUCCAGCUUCGGCUUGAGGGCCGACGGAGGCAAGAUUGUCAUGUUUUUUACCAGUUCCAAGAGAGCAGACGUUCUUCAGACCAUUCGCGGGGCCAAGUCAAAGCAAGGCAAAGAUAGCAGAAUGGUAAAACCCGUUGAGAGGCUCGUCCGGCCCCAGGAUGUCCCUGGAACUAUGCUAAAUCUGGCACUUACCAAUUUAUCGAGUCCGUAUCAUGUUCUCCGGUUAGCCUCUUACAACCUUCUUGGGGCAUUGUGCCGAUCCUUUGACUUUGGUGUCGCUGGGAGACUGGUCUGUAACAGAGAUUUGGCCAUACCUCUGGAGCCAACCCGGUUCAUUGUGAACAUAAGUCGUGAACUGGCUCAAGCUGAGCCACAGCUUACAUCGGAUUUCCUAACUGAAUUUUUCGUUAGUUGGGACAGUAUUCCAGAGGAGCAAAAGCCACUCAGUCUGGAAUAUGUGGCACCUUGGCUCCCCGGUCUUCGCACAGCAGUUCUGGUAGCAGAGGCCGACGGGGACAAAGGGCGAGACAAGGUUGCAGCUCUUCUGAGAAAGCUGAUAGAUGUGGCAGUAUUAGACCAGGGCCUGACAUACUGCCUAGAGCAGUAUAUUUGGCCAUCCAUUGCACAAGAUGAGCUGCUACUCGAGAUAUUUAUCGACGAACUUAUCAAGGCGGCGCUAACGUACGGAAACCGGGCAGACACACUGGAAAUUCUUUCCUCUGUCAUGAUUGGGCUUGGAACCGUUACUUUACGAGGCAGAAUCAUUUCUCGUCUCCGGAAGGCGCUCAAUCGAUCAUCGCUACGCCCGACUCGAUUACUUCAAGACAACUCUGUCUGGGAGGAAAUCUGCAUCCUGCUUCAGUUCUGUUUGGCCUUAUCUUUUGACAGCCGAGUCCAGUCCCAAAUGUACCUUCCAGAAAUUUUCCACGUCAUAACAAUGUUAUCAAACACAGGGGCGCAUGACGUACGGCUACUUGUUUACAAGCUGCUGAUUAACUCAAUUCAUUCCAUAUGCGCUUCAUUCAGCCUAGAUGACGCAAAAUUGAGCCGCUUACGGUCAAUUCUGGAUGUAUUUUGUGAUAAUCGGGGCGAUAUUUUUACAUCUCCAACCUCUUUGACGAGGGACGGGGCAUCUGUAUCGACCUCCCUUGACUCCAGUCCAGCUCUGGCUACGACAGAGAAUUUGACAUCUAUAUUAUUCGAGGUUUGCUUCAUAGCGGCUCCAUCCGUGGAUGUUGCAAAUUUUUGGCGCGCUCGCUGGAUGAGCCUUGUCGCGAGCACUGCCUUUCAAAACAAUCCUGCUGUCCAACCAAAGGCUUUCGCAGUCAUGGGCUACCUGGCAAGAGAGGAGGUAGAUGAUGACCUGCUUUACCAAGUUCUGGUAGCCCUUCGGAAUAGCGUCAGUCAAUUUGGUGAGGAUGGAAGUAGUGAAAUGCUGGUUUCAAUCAUCUCAUCACUGUCUAAAAUGAUGGCUAAAUUACCGUCUACUUCGAGGUAUGGACUCCAGUUGUUCUGGCUGGCCAUGUCGCUGGUCCGGCUUGUACCAACAACCCUUUUCAACUGUGCAGCACAGUUUUUGGAGGCCAUAUUGACAAAUAUUGGCACAAUCGGCAACAUCAGAGGAGAUAGGAUGGUCCCUCUUCUGCUCCAGUGUCGAAGCCAGCUUGAUGACGCCGCUCUGCCGCUGGACGACGCAUAUGGUAUUCAUUUCGAAGAAUACACCUUCCACUUUGCCGUUUGUGCAUGCCUAGUUCGAGGGCUCACAGACAAUCUGACCAGGUCCGCGGCAAUUCAUGUUCUAUCGUCAUUUUUAGAAAUGACAUCCUGGUCUGAUGACUCCAUCCCAAGCAGUCCAAAUCGCGCCAUUCAUGGGUCUCCUUACCUGGCAUUGCUGUUAGCCCGUGGAAUGCAGGAGGAUGAUUUCAUCGACUGCCUCUGGUGGUCUGAUCUCAAUCCAGAGAGCAUCGCUGACAUUCUUGCCAGUCGCGGUGUGCAGGACAUUGACAGCAUGAAGGAUACACACCUCCUUCUAAUCUCAGCGAUAGAGCUUGUGGAUUUCCACUACCUAGAAGAUGCGGCCCAAGCACGCAGCCUUCACUGGCUGAACUACUUGGCUGAAGCCAGACCUACCGUGUUUACGAGUCUAUGUGGUGCCGUGCCAACCAUCUUAGACGAUGUGUUACUGCAUAGCCAAGAAUCAGGAACACUAGAAGCCGCGCACGUGUUACUCCGGACCCUCUCAUCUGAGCAAAAAUACUCUCAAGCAAUGGGCUCCAUGCAUCCGCUGACCAACAAGCUAAAUGAGUUGGGCUUUGGGGGACUGUGGAGGCUGCAAAAGCACAAUAUGUUUGAGGAUGUCAAGGGAGAGUGUUUCGAGCUUACAGAAAAGUUGAUUGAGCUCAUUGUUAUAUGA